AUGAGGCGAGCUGGAGGGUUCCGGAUCAGGAAUGCUAAUCAGAAAUUGGCAUUAUUAAAGCAUACAACAAUCGAUGAUCGAAGAAUUGCGCCAUCAUUGAAAGCAGUUCACUUGCAAAAAAUCCUUGAAGAACGUGCUCACAACGCGGAGCCCACUUUAGAGCUGACGACUUCUGAAAACCCGAGACGAGUCAAAAGGACGUCGACAAGGUGA